AUUCUCCACUUUCAAGCCUUGUUCCAGAGGCUCACAUGGAAACACCUCAAUAUGGGUUUCUGCUAAUCUUCUCUCUUGUUACCACCCUUGGCCUUAUCUCCUGCUCAUUUUGCAUUGCUGCUGAAUUCAAAAGAUCAAAGGAGGAUAGUCUCAGAAUUAAUGGAACACUCUGUUAUUUACCGGGAAGUACGGCGUUCGGGUUCGGAGUUGCUGCUUUAAUCUUUCUCUUCAUCGCUCAAAUCAUAGGGAACGUUAUAGUCUGUAAAAAUUUCUGUUCAGGAAGGCGGAGAAGCAGUUGUAAGGCUGAAAAACCUUCAAUUGCAAGCAUUUUUCUGGUCUUAUCAUGGAUCAGCUUUGGAGUUGCUACAAUUUUAAUAGGUGCGGCCACAAGUAUGACUCGUAGGCAGCCCCUCGGAGAAGGAUGGUUAGAUGGGGAGUGCUACAUAGUCAAGGAUGGUGUAUACAGUGGCUCGGCAGUACUAGUUCUAAUUACAGUAAGUUCACAGCUUAUAUCCCUCAUCCUCAUAACAAAGAAGAGCCAAGUUGAGAAGGACCAGAAGGUGCAUACACAAGUUGAAUAAAGAAUAUAUGCAUACCUCUUCAGGCCAACCCGGGGAAGAAGGAAUGAUUGGAGAGGAACAUCUUCUUAGAUAUUAACUGCGCCAGUGGAAGCAGGCAAGGAGCCUCAGCCACACA